GAGCAAGAGCAGCACCAGAUGCCAUCCACUGGCAGCCUGGACCAUACGCACGGGAGUUGCAAGCCAUGCCUCUUCUUCGCACAAGCAGAGUGCCGGAAGGGGAGUGACUGCACGUUCUGCCACUUCCAACACGACUCCAGGGACCUCAAGCGCGUCCGCCCUUCCAAGAAGACGCGCAGCUGGCUGAUGGAGCGGGGCAGGCAGCUGCAGCUGGUGGGGGACCACCCGCCCGCAGAGCAGGCGCAGCCUGGCCGCGGCAGCCGAGCGCAGCCGCUGGGGUUCCACCAGCGUGUAGAGCCAGCGCGGCCGCUGCCGGGCGCCCCCCAGCAGGGCCAGGGCGCCGAGCGCUUCUUCGCCGCACCGCGGUGGCUCGCCGCUGCUGGCCCGCCAGCCGCCGCCUGCCCGGGCCUGCGGGCACUUGCCGAGCGCGCGCAGCCGCCGCCUGCCGAGGGUCCGUGGGCGCUCGUUGGCGAGCUCGCGCCCAUCACCGCCGUGAGCCUCUGA